GGUUUGGAGACAUUCAACAGCACGAUUAAGUGUAUUUAAGAAUAUUCACAAAGAGCUUAUUCUUUAAAGGAUAUAUUGACGUCUCCUCAUUACAAAGGAAAUAAUGAAGUUACUGAAUUUGAAGAUCUGUCUGACACUGGCUGUCAUUUUCUUUCUCGCAGAUAACGGAUUUGGUGCUCCAGCAAAAGGUAGAUAUAUGUGGGUUAAGUGCAGGCCAGACGCCACGAAUCCCAACUGUGAGACACAGAGGGGUCCAUGGAUGGACUUGCCUGGGCCUCCUGACAGACUCCCUCCAUUUGCAGUAAAGGAUAUAGUGCUGGAAGAGGAUGGCUCAGAGCUAGAGCAGUCAGGCGAGGGUUCUGACACUGGAAUCCUCUUCACUGAGCAGGGCUCUGGCGACCAGUUGGCCAGCGCAGAUGUGGACGGGAUUGACUACUCUGACUUUGUUUACCCACAGAAAAUGGCCAUGGAUCAGGCUCUGCCUCGUGCUCAGGAAUUGAAAGAGGAUCACCUGAUCCUGUAGCCUGCCAGAAUGCAAAAUAUUGAAAUGUUGAUGUUAAUCCGUUUGUGUAAAAAUAAUUGGCUCUUGCAACCUCUCAAGAUUACAGUAGCACAUGCUUUUUGACCCAGUUAUUGAUGCUUGGCUGUGUAAAAUUGUAUUUAAUCUGAUUUAGGUAACUGAAGUUUAGUUAUUUUCCCAUGGAACCAGAGAUUAAAUUAGUCUCCCAUGUGUUUUUUUCUGUAUUUUUAUUAUUAUUUAUAAUACCAGCCAAGAAUGUUAAUAAUUGUAUUUUUAAACAUAAUUUUCAGGGGUAUAUCAUGCUUUUAUUGUUUUACAUUUUAGUCAUUUAGCAGACGCUUUUAUCCAGAGUGAUUUACAGUAGUGAGUGCAUAUAUUUGUUUACAUUUUAGUACUGGUCUCCUGUGGGAAUCAAACCCACAACCCUUGCAUUGAAGCACCAAGGUCUACCAACUGAGCCACAAUGAAAACUAUAAGAUAUAUUGUGAAACACUCCGUUUUCAAAUAUACUUUAUUCAGAAUUUCCACGAUGGUCACAAUCUAACAUGAUAUCAUUCCGCACUUGUAUUUUCUCACCCGAGCAAAAUGUUUUGACAAUUUGAAGGAUUAAAUAAACAUAUGUUUUAAUCAUCCAAUGAUUUAUAACUCAAAUACUGUUUUAGAGCGGAUAUGAGCUCCCUAUGCUUCUGUAGCGGACAUGAGUCGGGCUCAUGGUCUCGUGAUGACGUAGCCCUGCCUGUCACUUCAGAAUCAGUCACACUCAACAUAUGGUAUUCCUUGUUAGUCUAAUGGUCUAAUGGUCAAUACAUUGGUUUCUCCUAUGGGAGACCAUGGUUUAGAUCCAGUGGCAGUGGGUGCCGUUUAAGAUGAGGGAGAACGAUUAUUUUUCUUAUCAGCAUGGCCUUAUUUCAAUUACAGCAUAUUGGAUGACUGUCAUUCAUAUUCCAUUCACCCAGCUCAAAGUAACAUCGAUAGGUUUAUAAAAAGUCAUUUCCUGAACUGCCCAUAGUCUGUUAUCACACCAUUGUGUUGAAUAUUUCCCUGAGCUUCGUCUGUAGAGUUUCUCAUGACUUAGAAAACCUCCUGUUACAAAAUAUAUUAGCCUGUCUUGAGUUAGUAAGCGGCAAACGCACUCUCUUUAGCAAAACUUUCCAGAUGAGAAUGCAGGAUUAAAACACUAGGCUGUUUUGUUCCUUUUAGUACACACAUAGUAGUGCUCAGGUUUCACUAGUGUUUUUGUAUCUUUAGCUUAAAGCUAUAUGUCAAACUAUAAUUUUGAUCUCACAGACUGUCAGUCUUUGCAUUCAUAGAUCCAUCUUUGAAUUUGAGAGUGGUUACAUUUCUCCAGGCUGAAUAAGGAAUUAAGGAUUGUGCAUUUAAAGGUGCAAGCCCGCUCCACCUAUCCAUUUGACUUUAGGUCACAUGAUAGCUCAUGGAUUUUAAAGUGUGAUGUUUGCAACAAGAGGAUUUACAGUGCACAUUUCUCUGUCAAAAUAAAAGUUUACUGAGUAACGCUGGAUGGUCACACAGUGCUAUAUGUAUCAAAGUCAAGUGAUAUGAAUAGGGAUUAUCUAAACCUCUUCUAAAGAAAGUUACUGUAAACAAUAGAGAUAUUGCCAAAACCUUCAGAAAUGUAUUGUCAUCCGCAAACAGUGCGUGUUAAUUCACAUAUAUUAAUGUUCUUGAAUGCUCCUUUCCAGGUUAAAGUGAUUUUUAGCCUAUGCAAGCCGCUUUGUUAACAUUAUUUUCAUACUCUGGUGACACUUCGAAAAGAGAUCUCAUUCUCAAUGUGAUAACCUAAAUAAAGAAUUUAUACAUUUUUUAUA